UUUUAUUUUGUUCUUUGUAGUACAUACCCGUGGCGGCCAGCACUCUGAGCCUGAUGACGCAGUCGAUCGACCGGUACGCGUCCAUCAAACACCCGCGGCACAACAGGUUGCACCGGGACAAGCACGUCGCGUGCCUGGUGUCCGGCGUGGCGGCCGCAUGGACGGUGGCCGUGGUCGUCUCGGUGCCGCGGUAUGCGUGGCCGGUCCGCCGGAUAAUCGUGGACAUGCAGUGGACGCGGUACUACGAGGCGUGCUACGUGGCCGUUGUGUUCGCCGUUCCGUGGGCCGCUGUAGCGUUCAGCCAGCGGGCUGUCAGCAGGACGCUGUACAUCACGUCACUUAAGGCGGCCGCGGCCCGCGGUCAAUUGCCGUUGCCCAUGCCCUUAAUGACGGCCGAAUCCAAGCAAGUGAUCCUGGUGGCAUCCAUACAGAAGAAUACAACUGUUCAAACCAAGGUGACAAAUGAUGUUGUGAUACAACAGCAACAGCCACAUUCGUCCCAUCAGCAAAGUCAACAAGAACAACAGCGGCAGCUACAAGCACAACAGCAACAGCAACAAAAGCAGCGUCCCACGCCGAGCGCACGAAGUCGACGACGAUUGGCCAAAGUGUUGGUAGCACUGGCCGGCGUAUUCGUCGCCUGUUGGUUACCAUACGCCGCCGCGUUACUCUACACCAAUUGGUUUUUUUCAUCGCCACACGACGGCGAUGUUGACGAAAACGGUAACGAAGACGACGGCGGCGGCGGCGGCGGCAAAAGGCACGCAGUCCACCGGUUGGCCACCGUGGCCGCUAUGCUUCUGGGCCACGCCCACUCAGCCGUCAACCCUGUGGUGUACUGGUGGCUGAACCGGCACACGUUACGCGCCUGUCCGUGGUGCUGGUCCUCGGGCGAUCAGUUUGACGACGAUGACGACGACGACGACGUCGGGUUCGGAUGUGGAGCGUUGGGUUGCGUCGUCGGCGGGGUCGUCGUGGCGUUCGGAUGCGGCAGGGGCGACGGCAGUUGCGGCGACAGCGGUGCCGUCGAUUGCGGUGGCGGCACUGGUUGCCGGCAGUCACAGAACCACACGCCUACACGGCUCAACCGGUUGCUGUUCCACCGACAGCCCAACAACCACCAGCGCAGCCGCCAACCCUCGUCUACCAACGAGGCAGCCCUGGGGCCCUUCAACCCACGGUUCGCCACGCCGAAGAAACGACCGCAACAGUUGCCUGUCGUCAAGAACCCUGUCAUGCUGUAUUACGCGUGAAUUACAGCUUGACCCCGCACCAGUCAAACCCAUCCUAAAUUCCCACCCUUAAUGUACAACACUAUCGAUCAAUGUCUGCGAUAGGUUCUUCCUUGUCGUUUACACGCCAUUGUUACAUAUACCACCACUGACAUCCAUACCUGACGUUUUCUCCGCCCUCUUACAAUCGUUGUGUCGAAUUUGCAAGUCCAAAACACGCCCAUACCCCGAUAACAAAGAGCGAGAUUUCUAAGCCUGGGUCCUGAAACGGAAAAAAGUAGUUGUUCAAUACAAACAAUUUGUUUUUACAAAUUUGAUUUGCAGUUGACAUCUCUAAGUCGUGGUGCUUGUUUGACCUUGGACCUCAGACUUUUCCAUUACCAAUACCUGAGUUAACGGUGCACCUGUACCUUCUACGACAACUUACAUCCUGUAAAUAUCGUGCGAUACACCUUCAAAUUUGGAGGGCGAUGCUGGAUAGGUCAGAAUGACAGAAUAUGUGUACGAACAAAUACAAAUUUAGAUUUGAUAUUUUGUACCAACUGUACAGUUGUGUACCUAU